AUGAUCGGUGAUCAAAGUCCCGGUAGUCCAAAAGAGGUGAGCGACCUAGAGCAGAUAGUUCUGAUGGAUGCCAUCGACCACAGUCGCGCGAGAUACCCUUAUUGUGUCGUCUGGACUCCAAUUCCUGUUCUAACAUGGCUAUUUCCAUUUCUCGGUCACAUGGGCAUCUGCAUGUCGAAUGGUGUGAUCCGGGACUUUGCCGGGCCCUACUUUGUAUCAGAAGAUUUGAUGGCAUUUGGAAAUCCAACAAAAUAUUGGCAAUUAAGCCCCCAGAAAGCGGUUAAUGGCCAGGCAGGGUGGGACGCCGGAGUCAUAGAGGCCUCUGAAAUUUAUAAAAAAAGAAUGCAUAUAAUUUUUUACGAUAAUUGCCACUCACAUGUUGCCACAGCACUGAAUAUUAUGGGCUACGGUGGCUGCAGAAAUUGGAAUAUGGUAAAACUGGCAUUUUACAUGUUACCAUACUCCAAAUAUGUAAGUUUUGGAGCCUUCAUGAAGACAUGGUUGCCUUUCUGUGCAAUUGUUGGAUUUAUUUGUGGACUUGCAGCGAUUAUUUAA